AUGGAGGCAUUAAACUGGCUCGUGGCGUACAUUUUUUGGAUGUGUGCGGUUGUGAUUUUAUUUUCCGUCUUCCUCAUCGUGCUUAGCUAUAUAUUGCGUGAGAAACAAAAUCAGUUCUUGUACUUUCCCGAGAGCCCGGCGGGAAGUACCAACACCUGCGAGAGUCCAAUUGAUAGAGGGUUCGUUAACACGGACAUUGUGCACAUACGCACCGCAGAUGGCGUCACGUUGCGUGGAUUUAUGAUGUGGCCAUCACCUGAACAGCAGCUGGCGCAACAAUCAGGCGCAAAAGGUUCUUGUAGGGGCCAAAAUUUCAAUUUGAGCACUGGGACUUUCUCUCCCUGCGGUUCGAUGACCCCUAGAGACCGUUUAAUCUCCUCAACGCUCUACGUCAUCAUAUAUUUCCAUGGAAAUGCUGGAAACGUGGGUCACCGUGUACCAAUUGCCACCCUUUUCACCACAAAACACCGUUGCGCAGUUCUGAUGAUAGAUUACCGUGGUUUUGGUCUCAGUGAUUCUGUUCCACCCACGGAGGAAGGGUUAAAGUUAGAUGCACAGGCGUGUUUGGAGUACGUCUGGAAUCAUCUCCGCAUACCGCAAGGGCGGAUCUUUGUCAUGGGAACAAGUCUGGGAGGUGCGGUUGCUAUUCAUCUGGCGUCGCAGCAAGCCAACAUGAAGCGUAUAGCUGGAGUGAUUGUUGAAAACACUUUCACUUCUGUCAGUGACAUGGCGUCUGUAUUGGCCCGAGUGGCAGUAAGAGGGUUGGUGAGUCGCUGCCCUGCACUUUGGCUUUGUUUGUUUGACUACUACGUGAAACCAUUGUGUCUGCGCAUCGGAUGGAGGAACCUUGACUUGGUGGAAAGAAUCGACGCUCCCAUGCUUUUUCUCUCUGGAGGAGGUGACGAAGUGGUACCAGCGUGGCAAAUGCAACGGUUGUAUGCAGCUGCAGAAAAAUCAAAGUCGAUGCGAAGAUUUGUCGGCUUUCCUGAGGGAAAGCACAAUACGCUGCCUCUACUUCGAGGCUACAGUGAGAUAGUUGAUGAAUUUGUGCAGGAUGUGCUUUGUUUAGAGGCGGAGGUGGUUUAG